ACAGCUGCUCUACUUUUCUGCUUGUCGCUUGUCUGCUUUCAGAAUCACAAUUUUAACAGCCUGCUAACGCUGUUGUAUGUCUUUCUCUCCAGUGGUAUCCAAAUUUUUCUUUCGGAAACAAAAUUGCAGUUAGUUAACUGACAUGUCUCUGACCAUUCAGCAGAUUCUGUCUGAUGCCAAGCGACUUGCAAGCCGCCUGAAAGAGCACGACACUGCAGCUGACGUAUUGCUGUCACAAACACAAUCUGUUUACAAGCAACUUGAUGCCAUGAAACAAUACCAAGAGGACGUCAAUGAAUUGAAUGAGGUUGCCAGACAGAGACCACAUGCUGCUCUGGCCGCUGGAAUUCAACAAGAGAAUAGACACUUGCGGAAGCUGCAACAGGAAAAUCGAGAGCUUCGGGCUGCCUUAGAGGAAUACCAGAAUGCCUUAGAACUGAUUAUGAGCAAGUAUAGGCAACAAACUGACACCUUGAUUCGUCAAAACCAAGUUGAUCUCUCAAGAGUGUGCCAAACAUCUGACAUUGAUAAAGUCCACAAACAAGCUGAAAAGAUUUCAGAAAUGGCAGCUGUUAUGAAUCAGGUUGCUGUCAUGGAUGAAGAAAGUUCAGUUCGGGAUCUAGAAAGUAUGUCCCAGCUAAUAACAGAAAAUAGGGGCUUAAGAGAAAUGCUUCAAAUUUCAAGAGGAUCCUUUAAUGCUGCCCAACAAGAAGCUCAGCGGGAUGAAGUAAAAGCAGUUCCAAACGAUAGCAGCUACAAAGCAGCCCAACUUAAUCCUGAUUGUGCUUUAGAAAGUGCCGAGCAGAAAGAUCCCCAAGACUGAUGCAGAUGCAGGAUGUGUAGACUCUUGUCAGUUAUUUCUCUCCAAUCUAAUUUGUCACUUAUUGAACAUGGGAGAUGGUAAUAAAUUGGCUGUACUGAUCUAUUUAUGUUUUAGUUGGUGCCGUUAAUUAAGAACAAAGCAUGUUCUAUUGGCCUUAAUCAAUUACUUUCAUUCAGUGAGGAAUGAUUUUUUUUUGUCUGGUGGUAAUUUCACUAAUGUCAAUUUAAAAUGAGUCGGUCAGUAAACACGUUGAAACUCUUGUGUAGGAUCUGAACGCUCCUUCCUAACUAGUACCCCUGAUUUAUAUUUUUUGUCACUCUUCACUAUGAAUUUUGAGAGUACUUAGUUUAAGUAUGGGAUAUUUCCCCUCACAUCGGACUUAGUUGCCAUGCACUCGGCUGCGUGCGCACUUGCUGGAGACUCGAAGCGCUCGACUGAGGUGCGCACCCUGAGGCCCUGAGCCGAGCGAUAGAGAACCUAAUGACUCUUUUGUGUGAGCUAAACACCGUAGACAAGAAUGUGCUGAGGUUUAGAUGUGAUUUUUGCUAAUUGAUCUAGUAUCUGAUAAGCGUUUGAUGUUGAUGGGUAUCAAUGUACUGUUUCCAAUGCAAUCACUGAGACCACUUUGAAGAUCUUAUGUAAUUUUUUACUUUUUUAUAAUGCUUUGAUUCUUGGCGAUUUAUGCUUCCUAGAUUCUUUGCUUUAUGUUGUAAUUCAUUAAUUUUUGAUUAUUUUUGAGGGUAUAUGCAAUAUUAAGUAAGCAUUUCAGUAAGUGUGAUAUGAUUUUCUGUUUGUUAUUGUCAUCAUUAAUAAAACUAUUGCUUGUAUAUGAA